AUGGCACCAGCCAGAGCAGGAUUCUGCCCUCUGCUGCUGCUCCUGCUGCUGGGGCUGUGGGUGGCCGAGGACCCAGUCAGUGCCAGGCCCGGGAACAUGACCCCAGCUCAGUGGUUUGAAACUCAGCAUGUGCAGCCCAGACCUCAAGGAUGCAACACUGCGAUACCCAAAAUCAACAAGUUCUCCAAACACUGCAAAGACCUCAACACCUUCCUGCAUGAAUCCAUCUACUGCGUGGUUGCCACUUGUCAGACCCCCAACAUAGCCUGCAAGAAUGGUCAUAAAAACUGCCACCAGAGCCAAAAGCCUAUAUCCCUGACUACAUGUGAGCUCGUCUCAGGAAGAUGUCCAGACUGCAGGUACAAUGAGAAGCAACUGGAGGCAUUCUUCAUCGUAACUGUGACCUUCCACAGCAGAAGGAUGACCUGA